UAUCUAUCACCAACCAUUAAAGUAACCUAAUCACCCCACUCGUGUCCCGUUUUUGACCUUGGCCUUCCUUGCCUGGCCUUGCUUUGGUCACUCAUUAGUCACAACUAGACUAGUGCGCCAUUCAAAUUAAAAUACCACAUCCACUUAUUCUUCAGCAAUACAAUACACAUAUAUAACCUGCCUCCUGAUUCCGCCGCCGCCGCCGCCCCCGAAUUUGUCGGUGAUCGUUGGCGUUUUCCAUUUCAUUUCGUUUUCUUAUCUCCUGUGUUAUAGUUGGCAAAUCAUUUUUCCCAAUUAAAGAUGGGUAGCAAACCAGCUCCAUUUUCAGAUAUUGGCAAAAGAGCCAAAGACCUCUUGACCAAAGAUUACAACUAUGAUCACAAGUUUACCCUCUCAAUUCUGAGUUCUACUGGAAUGGGGUUUACAGCGACAGGUUUGAAGAAGGAUGAAAUUUUUAAUGGUGAUAUAAGCACCUUGUACAGGAGCAAGAAUACUGUUGUGGAUGUGAAAAUUGAUACCUAUUCCAUUGUGUCUACCAAAGUGACUGUUAAUGACAUAUUUCCCAGCACCAAAGCAGCACUUAGUUUCAAAAUACCUGAUCACAAGUCUGGCAAGCUGGAUGUGCAGUACCUUCAUCAUCAUGCAGCCAUUGAUUCCAGCAUUGGCCUCAAUCCAAAUCCCCUUUUGGAGCUCUCAGCUGCAAUUGGAAGCAACAAUCUUAGUGUGGGUGGUGAAGUUGGAUUUGAUACUGCUUCUUCUUCAUUUGUCAAGUGUAAUGCUGGGAUUGGCUUGAACAAGCCAGAUUUCUCUGCUGCAUUUUUACUGACGGACAAAGGACAAACUAUCAAGGCAUCUUAUGUUCAUUCAGUGAACCCCUUACAUUCAGUUGCCGCAGAAAUGACUCACAAGUUGUCCUCCUUUGAGAACAGUUUUACCAUUGGAAGUUCUCAUGCAGUGGAUCCAUUUACAGUGGUAAAAACACGAUUCUCUGACAAUGGCAAGGCUGCAAUGCUAUGCCAACAUGAAUGGAGACCAAAGUCGCUUAUAACUUUUUCAGCUGAGUAUGACCCAAAGGCCACCCAUGCAGCAGCCCCCAAGUUUGGCCUUGCUCUUGCUCUCAAGCCAUGAAUGUGAAAUCACCUUUUAUUCUGUUCAGCAACUUGAAUUGAAGAACACCUGAAUCCUGUUAUAUUUUUUCCAGAACCCGAGGAGGGUUUAAGUUUUUACCUUGUACAUGUAGGUAAACCAAAAGAUCAACUGAAUGGUGAAAGGUUCUCAAGUAUUGUUUGGGAGAUUGAACCCAAUUUUGAUAA